UAAUCUCCCCGUCUCUCCCUUUUCUAAACCUUGUGCUAGUCUGGAUUUUGGCACUAUUUUUGAAUUUUGGAACAGUUUACUCAUUUGUAAAACAGCAAUUAUAAUAUUUUCCCUAACUAUCUCACAGCUUUAUUUUGAGAAUUAUAUUAAAAUAAUGGGUGUCAGAAGCCUUGUAAAGUCCUAGUCAAGAAACUUUUUCAUUCCCUCCCCCAAAUCCGCCAACAUUUUCAAGAGUCUUUCUAAUUAUAAAAGCAAUACCUGCAUUAUACACAAUUUAGAAAACUCCUAAGAACACAAUCUGGUAAUUGAAAUCAUUUUACAUAUUUCCAUAACUCAGGUAAAAAAUUAAUAAUCCGUUAAUAUUCCUUUUUUUUUCUUUACUACAAACAAAAUCAGUAAAGAACAGAAACAAGCAAAAAACAAAAACAAAAAACUUUCCAUUACGGAAAUUUUCAAUCGUAUACGGAAGUGUAAGGAUGGUAUCAUGAUCCCUCACAUACCCAUUCCCCAGCUUCAAUCAUUAUUAAUCUUGUUUCAUUUCAUUUAUACCCCAUUCCCAACUAUUUUGAAGCAUACCUUCAGACAUCAUAUUUCAUCGGUAAAUAUGUCAAAAUGUUUAACUUCAAAAAAUAAGGAUUAAAAAGUCACAAUACUACUACCACAUAUAACAAAAUAAACCAUAAUUUCUUAAUAUAAAAUAGUAAGUGUUCAAAAUUUCCCUAAAGUCAAGUUUUUAUACAGCUGCAAUCACACGUUUAACCUAAUUCAAUCUUGCGUUAAAACGUCGGUCUCUCCCCUCUCUUCUCAGAGAGUCGCGCUUCCUCGCCGCUCCCUGUUCCCAGGUCCUCUGCUGAAAGCGGCCAGAGUUUCCACCAGCCAAAUCAGAGCUGGGGAGCAGGGCAAGGCAACGCGCUGGGGACUUUGUUCUGGAGAACCUAAGUCAUGCUUCUCCUGCGAUCUCCAGGGAUCUCUUUUUCAGUUGCACUGAGAACAAGCUCUGCCCUACGCGAUUGGCAGCCGGCACCGGAAGUGCUCUUGAGUCUCCGGCAAGAAUUCAGCCGCGAGACCCGCGGACGGGUCGGGGUUCGCGGUUUCCAGCAGGACCGGAACCGAAAGGAGCCGGGACAGUGGCGGCAAUGGAGCAGAGUGCGGAAGGCCGCACGGCUAGUGCGCUAUUCGCGGGGUUCCGGGUCUUGGGGCUUUUCAGCAACGACAUUCCACACGUGGUGCGGUUCAGCGCACUGAAGCGCCGGUUCUACGUGACGACCUGCGUGGGCAAGAGCUUCCACACCUAUGAUGUUCAGAAACUUAGUCUGGUCGCAGUAAGUAACUCUGUUCCACAGGAUAUCUGCUGUAUGGCAGCUGAUGGGAGGCUAGUCUUUGCUGCAUAUGGGAAUGUUUUCUCUGCAUUUGCCCGUAAUAAAGAGAUAGUACAUACCUUUACUGGUCAUAAGGCAGAAAUCCACCUUUUGCAGCCGUUUGGGGAUCACAUUAUUUCUGCUGAUACCGACAGUGUUCUUAUUAUUUGGCAUAUAUAUUCAGAAGAAGAAUACCUGCAAUUGACUUUCGAUAAAUCAGUAUUUAGGAUUUCUGCAAUUUUGCAUCCAAGUACCUACUUAAAUAAAAUACUUCUCGGCAGUGAACAAGGAAGCCUGCAGUUGUGGAAUGUAAAAUCCAAUAAACUUCUAUAUACGUUUCCAGGAUGGAAAGUUGGAGUGACAGCUCUUCAGCAGGCACCAGCUGUGGAUGUUGUUGCAGUGGGUCUUAUGUCAGGUCAGGUGAUCAUUCAUAACAUUAAGUUUGAUGAAACACUAAUGAAAUUUCGUCAGGAUUGGGGACCUAUUACUUCGAUAUCAUUUCGCACAGAUGGUCAUCCAGUAAUGGCAGCCGGAAGCCCGUGUGGCCAUAUUGGACUGUGGGAUCUAGAAGACAAAAAAUUAAUCAAUCAGAUGAGAAAUGCUCAUUCUACAGCAAUUGCCGGAUUGACAUUUCUCCAUAGAGAACCACUUCUUGUCACAAAUGGCGCUGACAACGCUCUCAGGAUAUGGAUAUUUGACGGUCCUGUAGGUGAAGGUCGGCUGUUGAGAUUCAGAAUGGGACAUAGUGCUCCUCUUACCAAAAUCAGAUAUUAUGGACAAAAUGGACAACAAAUUCUUAGCGCAAGUCAAGAUGGAACUCUUCAGUCAUUUUCCACAAUACAUGAAAAGUUUAAUAAAAGCUUGGGACAUGGAUUAAUAAAUAAAAAGAGAGUCAAACGGAAAGGACUUCAGAAUACCCUGUCAGUGAGACUUCCACCCAUAACAAAGUUUGCAGCAGAGGAAGCUCGUGAGAGUGACUGGGAUAGUAUCAUUGCUUGCCAUCAAGGUAAGCUAUCUUGCUCAACCUGGAACUAUCAAAGAUCUACAAUAGGCGCUUACUUUCUCAAGCCAAAAGAAUUGAAGACAGAUGAUGUAACUGCAACAGCAGUGGAUAUAACUUCUUGUGGCAACUUUGCUGUAAUCGGCCUCUCAUCAGGAACUGUAGAUGUAUAUAACAUGCAGUCUGGUAUACAUCGAGGAGCUUUUGGCAAGGAACAAGCUCAUAAAGGAUGUGUUAGAGGUGUUGCAGUGGAUGGAUUAAACCAGUUAACAAUUACAGCUGGUAGUGAAGGAUUACUCAAAUUCUGGAACUUUAAAAACAAAAUUUUAAUCCAUUCUAUGAACCUCACUUCAUCUCCAAAUAUGAUGCUACUACAUAGGGACAGUGGUAUUCUGGGACUCGCCUUGGAUGACUUCUCCAUCAUUGUUCUGGACAUAGAAACUAGGAAGGUUGUCAGAGAGUUUUCUGGACACCAAGGGCAAAUAAAUGACAUGGCUUUCAGUCCUGAUGGCCGUUGGUUAAUAAGUGCUUCAAUGGAUUGCUCUAUUAAGACUUGGGAUCUUCCAUCUGGGUGCCUUGUAGACUGCUUUUUGUUGGACUCAGCCCCUCUCAAUGUUACCAUGUCCCCUACUGGAGACUUCCUGGCCACAUCCCACGUGGACCACCUUGGAAUUUAUCUAUGGUCCAAUAUUUCCCUAUAUUCAGUUGUUUCAUUACGGCCGCUUCCUACAGAUUAUGUCCCUUCAGUAGUGAUGCUUCCUGGUACUUGUCAAACCCAAGAUAUGGAGUUACCAGAAGACACCAUAGAACCAAGUGAUGAAAUGAUAGCAUAUGACUCACCAGAACAGUUGAAUGAGCAAUUGGUGACUCUAUCCCUCCUCCCUGAAUCACGAUGGAAAAACCUUCUUAAUCUUGAUGUUAUUAAGAAAAAGAAUAAACCAAAGGAACCACCCAAAGCACCAAAAUCAGCACCAUUUUUUAUUCCAACAGUUCCUGGCCUUGUGCCCAGAUAUGCUGCACCUGAACAAAGUAAUGAUCCCCACCAGUCUAAAGUGGUUAACCUUGGAAUUUUGGCUCAAAAAUCAGAGUUCUGCUUGAAACUUGAAGAAGGACUGGUAAAUAAUAAAUAUGAGCCUGCUCUCAGUCUUCUGAAAGAAUUAGGCCCAUCAGGAAUUGAAACAGAGCUGCGAAGCUUGUCUCCUGAUUGUGGUGGGUCUGUGGAAGUCAUGCAGAGCUUCUUGAAAAUGAUCGGGAUGAUGUUGGACAGAAAGCGCGAUUUUGACUUGGCCCAAGCGUACCUUGCGUUGUUUCUAAAGUUGCACCUUAAAAUGAUUCCUUCAGAGCCAGUACUUCUAGAAGAAAUGACAAAGUUGUCAUCACAAGUGGAAGAAAACUGGAUCCAUUUACAGUCACUCUUCAAUCAAAGCAUGUGUGUUUUAAAUUAUAUAAAAAGUGCUUUGUUAUAAAAAUAAAUUUAAAGGACUCAAUAAACCAAAGACUUUAAUAUUAAAUAGGUUCAAUUUAACUCAUAUUUUGUUUUCCAAGAUUCAGUGUGAAGAGAAAGUAAAUGCUAAUUCUGUUGACUAGUCAGUAAUUCUUCACCUUAAAUACCAAAUACUUCCCUGAAAUGAAAUUGUACUUGCCUCAUUUUGUCUUGAAGAUUUAGACAAUCUGCUCAAAUGAUUUUUUAUCUGAGUCUCUUCCCAUCAGCUACUUGUAUAUGACUUUUGCAGUAUCACCAGUUUAUAUUUUCUGCUAAUCUGUUACAUAAAAGAGAUGCUGGGUGUUUAGUGUACUGCUGAACUAAGAUGAAGAUGUCUAAUACAUAAUGUAGUUACAAAAGUGCUUUCAUGGUGUGAAGAAAAGGAGUGUUCCCUUCCUUAGUCACCUGUGAUGAAAACAUGAAUCAUUGACUCUUAGAGCUGGAAGGGAUGUGAGACUUCUUCCAGUACAACCCUCUCGUGUUGGCAGAAGGAAAGGCAGGCUAAGGUCUGCUCAGGUCUCAGUGACAGAUCUAGAUUUUCUGACAGUGGCCUGGGGUUCUCUCCACUGCAGCCUUUCUAAAGGAAAUCGUUCUUGAAUCAGCAAUGUGGGAGGCACUCUUCCAAGGCAAACUGCCUUAGGAGAAGGUUGAGCAGAUACCUAGAAUAGCUAAGGGAAAUUCCAAAUUCCUUUGAAGGUUAUCCUUCAAGAUUUUUCUUCCUACUUGAUGAUCUUUUAAUUUGGGAAGAAAUUACUAACUGUACUUUUCUCUCACAGCCGUUUCGAAACUAGAUACCUGUGGCAUUUUCUCUUAUUUCAUCAUCGUUUUCCAUGACUCAAGACUUAGGGAAUACGUGAAUUAAAUAUAAGCAAUUUUCUUUAAAGUACAGUGCCCUGGAAAUGAUUUUUAGUUUGUAUACUCAAAAGUAGUGUCAUUGGUAAAAUACAGGCUCAUUGGAUUUGAAAACUAAUACCAUUCUGGUUCAACAUUAGGACAAAAGGGUUUCUCAGAAUAAUCUCAGAAAGGAGCCAUUCUCACGUGGUGUUGACCAAGGAUACCUUUAGUAUUAAAAUGUUUUUAUUUAAUGGUGUAAGGUAGAGUUGGUAAACUGCUAGGAAAUCAGCUAAUAUGAUAUUAUACUUAAUUUUGUUUUUCUUUUAGAAAUACUGACUUAUUAAAACCACUGUUAAUAGUGAUUUAAAUUCUAACUAAAAACUAUUUCCCUCUUCUCGAAAUGCUGUAUUCUGAAGGUAUGACAGUACAAUCAUGUACCAUGUAAAGACUGUAAAUAACUAAAACUAAAUAUUAAGAGGUCUAAACUGGUAUUUUAUAAAUCAUGAACUAAAUUUUCUUCUCUCUGUUAAAUGAUAAUACAGGAGUUGAGUGUAUUGUUUUUAUUGGAGAUAUCCUUAGAUUAUUACAGCAUCAUUUUGGCAAGUAAUCUUCCAGAACCUUUUCUGUGCAGUUGCAGUUGAGGGAGGAAGGAAGGAUGAAAGAAAUACAAAAUAUAGUUUUCAUAUGUAUAUUUUUUUAAAAAAUGUCAGUCUGUACAUACUGCUUUUUAAAUUAAAUUUUAAUUUCUCAUCUAAUUAUGACUACAUUUUGCACUUGUAAAAACAUUAGAGACAAGACUUUUUGACAACCACCUUCAAUCCCAAUAGCCUCCCUAGAGGUUAUAGUUGUGAGCUCUGUUCUAGAUCUUUUUCUAUGAAUGUUUAUACCUGUUACAUAUAGCCACAAGAAACAAUAUAUUGCAUAGUUUGUUUUUUACGUAAAUACACGUAUAUCAUUCUGCAGCUUGCUUUUUCUUGCUCUGUUGGUGUGAGUGAAGUGGAAUGGCUGUAAUAAUGAAAACAGUGUGGCAGUACUUUGAGUAACUAAGGAGGUGUAUACUCUAUGACCUGCCAUCUCACUUCUGGCGAAUCGGUCACAAGGUUCUUAAAAAAAUACGUACUACCAGGAUGUUUACUGAAACAUCGUUUGUAGCAGCAGAGAGUUAGAGACAACUUAAGUGACCACCCCUCGUGGAAUAGUUAUAUAAAAUGUGCUGUGUGUAAAUGAAGAAAUACCAAACAACAGAGUAAAGACCAGAUUUUUCAUCAGUAUGAAUAGAGCUUAAAACACUGGUUGACUGAAAAAAGCAAUGAAAUCUGUAACACCAUAUCAUUUAUGUAAAUUAAU